AUGCUGGUGGCGCGGGGGCACCACGGCCCAAAGAGCCAAUUGCAGCUCAGACUUCUGCUACCCCAUCGAGAGUUGCAGCCCCCAUCUCCCCACGCGCUGUGCGGCAGGCCCGUGCCGCAUCAGCCGGAGUUUGCUCCGGGCGAGCCGCCAGCCGGCCAAGCUACCUCCGUCGGGCCCGGCCGGGCGCCGCGGGCCGCGGGCAGCGCAGAGGCCCCGGCCCGGGCGCAGCUCGAGGCUCCUUGCGGGGAGGUGCUGGCCAUCCUGCUGAGCAUCGCCGUCAAGAUGGGAUCGGAGGAGCGCCAGCCGGCCCAGCCGCAGCCCCGGCGGGAGCAGCAGGCGCUGCCGCCCCCGCCCCUGGCGGCGCCGGGCCGCGCGCCGCCGCAGCGGUGCCACGAGGAGGAAUGUUCCUCGUCGAGCGCCGCGGUACCCCACGCGGAGAUGCGGAGGACCGUGCAGAUCUUGUCCUUCGGGCUAGAGAACUGCGAGAACCAGCUGGUCGACAGGUGCUGCAACGGCGCGGGGGGGGGCUUCGAAACGUUCACCGACGCCGAGCUGAAGAGGGCUCUGGACCGGCUGAAGUGGAAGGUGGACGUGGUGUACGACGCCAGAAAUUUCCCAGACCCGGACGCUUCGGGCCUGACGAACCACACGGGGCACAACUACAAAAUCAUCUCGGGUGGGGGCCCCAUCGACCCUCUGAGGGAAUGGCUGCACGGCCUCAAGCGCAUGUUCCUGCGCGCCUGCGACCAGCACGCCGGCGAUGGCCCGCUGACGCUUGCAACGUACUGCCGCUCAGGCAAGCACCGCAGCGUCGGGACCGCCCUGGUCUUGGUGCACAUCCUGCGCGAGGAGGGCUGGUACUGCUGGCCGCCGAGGCACCUGUCCGAGAAGCGGUGGUCCAGAGCGUGCUGCAAAGGGCGGUGCGAGGACUGUGCUUGA